GUGCACGCAUCAUGAACACAGAAAGACUUAUAGAGGAGGUGAGACAAUACAACUUUUUGUAUGAUACACGCGAUCCUGAUUACAAGAACAUUCUGAAGAAGGCUGAAGCUUGGAGGGAUAUAGCUGCUAAACUGGAUCAAAAUGCCGAGACCUUGAAAACGAAGUGGAGGAACUUGAGAGAUGCCUACGUCAAACACAAGAAGAUGAUAAAAGGCAUCACUGGCCAGAGCUUGAAACGGUAUAGAUCAUGGCCGUGGAGUGAACACAUGAGGUUCAUGGACUGUGCUCUGGAAGCACAACCAACAACAUCAAAUAUUCCUUGCUCAAGAGAGGCCGCCACAAGUGACAGCGAAAGACACUCACAGUCAGGUGAACACUCAUCAGACUCCACAAUUUUUCCUCAGCCAGAGUUGCUAACACAUGAGUAUGAAGGAGAAUCUCAGGAGCAGUGCACAGAGGUUUUGGAACCAUCUUCAGCGCGAAAGAAGCCAACAGCUAAAAAAAUGAGAAAGCAGGGACCAAGUGCUGAUGUUGAGUGUAUAAUUAGUUACUUGCAAAAGAAACAUCAGUAUAAGGAUAAGCAUGACGAAGUUGAUCAUUUAUUUUUAAGCUAUGCAAAAACAUACAAACGUCUUACAGUUAGAUCACAAGCUAAGCUUAAAGUGCAACUGGCACAGUUAUUUGCGGACGCUGAGCUCGCGGAAUUAGAUGAGCAACAGCCAACAGCCAACUCAAAGUCGUUCAGUAGACUCGGCCCACGUUGAUUUCCGUGAACCCGCUGCAUUUGGUGGUGCAAAUACUGGCACAUCAACUGACGAUGUAAGUCAGGACAUG